UUAUUUUUUGGAGAAAAAAAUGGGAACGGGAAUAAUGAGAGCUGCUGUUCUUCUUCUUCUCUGCAACGUCCUCUCCCACCCAUCCUCCUCCUCUGCGACUGCAACCGAGCGGCCGCUGCCGGCGCCGGCGGUGAAGUCAACGACGAUGGCGAUGGAGAAAGCCUGCAACCUCACCCUGGACCCUAACUUCUGCCUGGUCUCACUCCAGGCCGACCCCCGCAGCCGCUCCGCGGACCUCUCCGGCCUCGCCGCCGUCGCCCUCGACCUCGCCGUCGCCAACGCAACCUCUACCAUCGCCAAGCUGUCCGACCUGCGCGCCUCCGCUUCCGGUUCCUCCUCCGCCAAGCCCUCGACCAGGAACAAGCUCGAGGCAUGCCUGAUCCUCUACCGGAACGCGGUGCCGCCGCUGCGGCUGGCGGCGGAGUUCCUGGCGGAGGAGCACGUAGAGGUGGCAAGGGCCAUGAUGGAGGCGCCUGUUUUCGCGCCGGGGAGCUGCGGGCAGCUGCUGGGGCGGGUGCUAGCCAAGGAAAACGACGAUCUCUUCAAUCUCAUGCUCAUCUCCAGAAGAAUUGCAGAGGCUUUGACGCCAUGAGAAUUUAGUUUUGCUUGUUUAAUUGAGCUUGAUUAAUUAAUGGUAGCUCCUCUCCUGUUAUCUACUUCCAGGAACAUCAAAACUUGUUUUUUUCCCCAUUUAAAUGAACUAUAACUCCUGGAACUAUGACGAAAUGUAGAAAUAAAUUUGCCUGUGAUCCUGAAAGUUUUCACUUUGCUUGUUCUUACA